AGCGCUGACAGGAGACCAUUUUUUUAAUUCAUUUUUUGAUCUUGUUCAGCCGUGUCAAUGAAAUAAUACAAAUAUCUCACGUCUCACGGCAGACGUCUUGUGUGACGGUAGUACAGGGGCAUCUCACCCGUCGAAUUCAAAUCCACAUAAACGGAAAUCAGAUUCAAGGUCUCACGAGCAAAGAAACCCCGGCUCAAUUCACAGCCCGCAGCGGUCAAUCGGCUAUCCCGACCUGCCCCACCAGCAAUUGGGACAGACCGAAGGUUGCCACCAAAACUCCAACCCUUCCCACCUGCCGACCUUUUUCUCCAGCCGUACCUUCCCUUUUUUUUCCAAGACCCUUAAAGAAGAAGUCCCCUCCGACACUGAAGCUUACCGUCACCUCUGACCGUGGCCCUUCUCGUCGUGAUUCUUCAUCUCGUACAAACACCGCCAGCCGGUUCGCAUCGCAAGCCCAGACCACCUUGAGGCUCCACCACUCCCCUGCGUCCUCGGCAAUGUCGUUCUCAAGCCUCGUGCAGGAUCUGUCCCUCCGCCGCGGAGGCGCCUCGGCCGCCGCCUCGACCAUUGACGACGGCGCGUCGCGCACCUCGCACAUCUCGCGUGCCAUGUCGUACACCAGCACCGCCGCCACCAGCGUCAGCAUCGCCGGCGAUAUCUCCAGUCAGCUCCAUGGCGGCUACAGCCAUCCGCUCGCCCGGUCGUGGCAGGCCGAAAGGCAGCUCACAAAGUCCAUGCUCAUCUACCCCCUUUUCGUCUCGGAUCUGGACGACGAGGAGGUCCUGAUCCCGUCGCUUCCGGACCAGUACCGCCGUGGCAUCAACAAAACCAUGGCCUUCCUCGAGCCGCUGGUGCACAAGGGCCUCCGGUCCGUCAUCCUGUUCGGCGUGCCCAUGCGGCCCGGCAGCAAGGACGCGCUGGGCACGUCGGCCGACGACCCCGAGGGCCCCGUGAUGCGCAGCAUCCGCGCCAUCCGCCAACGCUUCCCGCAGCUCUUCGUGGUGGCCGACGUGUGCCUGUGCGAGUACACGUCGCACGGCCACUGCGGCAUCCUGCGCGACGACGGCUCCCUCAACAACACGCUCUCGGUCGACCGCAUCUCGGACGUGGCCGUGGCCUACGCCCGCGCUGGCGCCCACUGCGUCGCGCCGUCGGACAUGAACGACGGCCGCAUCCGCGCCAUCAAGCUCAAGCUCAUCGAGGACGGCAUCGCCCACCGCACCCUGCUCAUGUCGUACGCGGCAAAGUUCUCGGGCUGCCUUUACGGGCCCUUCCGCGACGCCGCCGGCUCGGCCCCGUCGUUUGGCGACCGCAAGUGCUACCAGCUGCCCCACGGCGGCCGGGGCCUGGCCCGCCGCGCCAUCGUGCGCGACAUCAACGAGGGCGCCGACGUCAUCAUGGUCAAGCCCGCCGGCCAGUACCUCGACAUUAUCAGUGACGCGAAGGAGCUGGGCAAGGACCUGCCCGUGGCCGCCUACCAGGUCAGCGGCGAGUACGCCAUGAUCCACGCCGCCGCCAAGGCCGGCGUCUUUGACCUCAAGACCAUGGCCUUUGAGUCCACCGAGGGCAUCCUUAGGGCCGGCGCCACCAUUGUCGUGAGCUACUUCACGCCCGAAUUCCUCGACUGGCUCGAGAGCUGAGGCGCUUGCGGCGUUGGUCAGUGUUGGGGUAAGGGUAUGAGGAGCCAGAAGCACGGCCCUGUAGUAUGACGAUCAAGGGUGUUUGGGUGGCGACGGAAGCCUGAUUUGCUGGGAUUUUUCAACAUGGCGUGGCAUUGGUAUUGGCGUUUAUGGGUUAUGGAGAUAAUGGUUUGUUGGGCCUUUUCGAUGCCUUGCGGCGGCUUCGCGUUAGACAAAACCUAGAGAGGGGAGGUCGGGUCGGCUGCCGUGCCGAAGUGCUGGCAGUGCAUCAGACAGGACUGGAGGCCAUGUUGGCCAGUCAGCAGCUCAAACAAUCAUACAUAUUAUCAUGCUA